AUGGGGGUGGGAGGCACACAGAGGUGCCCAGAAACUGGUGAGAACCUCCUUGCCCUGGAUUAAACAGGCUGUGAUGGGCACCCUUUGGACAUUCUUAUCCCUCUGGUCUCUGUCACUGUGCCAAGCUUUACAGUGUGGAAACUUCCAGGAUCCCUGCAUCAACGGAGGGACGUGUCUGGUGCUACAGAAUGGAACCCACCACUGCAGUUGCCUGGAGGGGUUCCUAGGUGACCACUGCCAGUUGGUUGGGCCGCCCUGUUCAUCAUUCAUUUGCCAAAAUGGAGGGUCAUGUUCACGCCUAUCAUCCUCAGAGUAUCGCUGUACAUGUGGGCCCGGAUGGACAGGUAAGAACUGCGAAUACGUGGAUCACUGCACAACCAACCGCUGCAUGAACAAUGGAAAAUGCGUCAACAAGGCACCGGGGUUUGAGUGCCAGUGCCAGCGUGGCUUCGAUGGGGAGGCUUGUGAGAAGGAUGUAGAUGAAUGCCAAGAAGCUGGCACCUGCCGGAAUGGAGGACUUUGUAGUAACCUCUUCGGGUCUUUCCAGUGUAUAUGCCCAGCUAAGUAUGAUGGCAUCCAUUGCGAAAUGGUGAGAGGGGACUGCUCCUUUAACAGCUGCCUGAACGCAGGGAAGUGCCAUCAAACAGUUGGUGCCUUGUACCAGUGUGUGUGCCCACCAGGUUACAUGGGUUCUCAGUGUGAGGAGAACAUUGAUGACUGCAUCAACCACAAAUGCCAGAAUGGAGGUACCUGCUUGGAUGGACUGAAAAAAUAUAGCUGUAACUGCUCCCCUGGAUGGGAAGGAAGCUAUUGUUCGCGAGACAUUGAUGAAUGCCAGGCUCCCGGCAUAUGUAAGAAUGGUGGCACUUGCCAGAACAUGCCGGGUGAAUACAAGUGUGUCUGCGUCAAUGGAUAUGACGGCAACAACUGUGAACACAACAUUGAUGAUUGUGCAACAGCCACCUGUGGAGAUGGAGCUACCUGUGUGGACCAGGUCGGGACUUACACCUGCGAGUGUCCCCGGGGAAGGAUUGGUCUUUUAUGCCAUAUGGAAGAUGGUUGCCUAAAAAAUCAGUGUCACCCAGAUGCCACCUGUGACACUCACCCGUCGUCUCACAGGGUCUUCUGCCGCUGCCAACCUGGCUACACUGGACCCACUUGCUAUGAAGACCUGGAUGAAUGUCUGCUAGGCCCAUCUCCCUGUGAGCAUGGCGGAGAGUGUGUAAACACCAAAGGCUCUUUCCUGUGUAGCUGCCCCCUUGGUUAUACGGGUACCCGCUGUGAAAUAGAACAGAACGAAUGUCAGUCCAAUCCCUGUCUCAAUGGAGCCGUCUGCCUCGACUUCCUGGCUAGCUUCCGGUGUAUGUGCACCCACGGAUACGAGGGAGAGCUGUGUGAACAGGAGCUAAAUGAGUGUUUAAGCUCUCCCUGCCAAAAUGGUGGGAACUGUACAGAUCUGCUGAAUGGAUUCAACUGCUCCUGUCCUCUGGGUUUCCAGGGAUCUCACUGUGAAACAGAUGUGGAUGAGUGUUCUAGCUCUCCCUGCCAUUUUGGCCGCUGUGUAGACCAUUCCGGCUUCUUCACGUGUGAAUGUUCAGCUGGAUUCACUGGUCUAUGGUGCGAGCAAGACAUUGAAGAAUGUGAGAGUCAGCCAUGUCAGAAUGGUGCCCGAUGCCAGGAUGUACAAAAUGGCUUCCAGUGUUUGUGUGAGCCAGGAACCACAGGUCCCACAUGUGAUACGUAUGUGAAUGAAUGUGACAGUAACCCAUGUGUGCGGGGACAGUGUACAGAUCUUGUGAAUGCUUUCCAAUGUCAAUGUGAUCCUGGGUUCUCAGGCCAUCUCUGUGAAGCAGACAUUGAUGAGUGCAGCUAUGACCCUUGUCAAAAUGGAGGAGUCUGCCACAACACAGAUGGAGGCUUCCUGUGUGAUUGCCCGCCAGGGACAGAACCCCCGGCCUGCGCCUUACAGAACAGCAGCUGUACCAACAUGACUUGUGUUCAUGGCUCCUGUCAGACGCAGCACAACAGCUCUCAGUGUUCCUGCGAUGUCGGCUGGUCAGGAGCAGCCUGUGACGCUCCCAUCAAUCAGUGUGUAUCCAAUCAGUGUGAGAACGGAGGGCAGUGCCAGCCUCACCAGGAUGGGUAUAACUGCAGCUGUACUACCGGUUACACAGGGUUACACUGUGAAACGCCCAUCCUUCUGUGUGCCCUAGACAGCUGCCUGAACGGUGGAGCCUGCCAUCAGCAGCCCAACUUCACUCUCUCCUGCCGGUGCCCAGUGGGAUGGGAAGGUGUACGCUGUGAAGCUGAUGUCGAUGAAUGUAUGGAAGAUCCCUGUAAGAACGUGGGCAGCUGUGUUAAUAGCCUUGGAUCAUACAGCUGCCAAUGUCCCCCAGGUUAUACAGGACAUCAGUGUGGGAAACAGUUAAAUCCGUGCUCACCAGACAGUUGCCAGAAAGGUGAACUAUGCAUCAGUCUGAAUGACUCGUUUGUGUGCACAUGUCCCCCGGGGUACACAGGGAAGAUGUGCCAGGAGAGAGUGGACAGGUGUGCCAGCUCACCCUGCCAGAAUGGAGGGUCCUGCAGGAACCAAUCCAACUCGUACACGUGUGAUUGUGCCAGAGGCUAUGAGGGACCAAAGUGCGAGGUCAACACUCAAGACUGUACCAACAGCUCCUGCCUUAAUGGGGGCUCCUGUGUGGAUGGCAUUGCCUCCUUCUCCUGUCUGUGCUCAGAUAGAUUCACAGGUGACCAGUGUCAGGAACAGCUGACCUACUGCAAACCUGAGACCUGCAAGAAUGGGGGAGCCUGCCUUGAGGUCCCCGGGGUCUAUGUCUGCUCCUGCACUGAGGUGUACACAGGGAGCCAUUGUGAGAACAUCAUAGACUUCUGUGCUCGCAGACCAUGCCAGAAUGGAGGCUCGUGCUCUCAGAUGGAGACCAGGUACCGGUGCCUGUGUGCUCUCGGAUGGGUUGGGAGUCACUGUGAGACCCCUCUUCUGACCUGCAAGGCCACGGCUUCCAGAGGGAUGGAUCCAGACACACUGUGUAAUGGACACGGAAACUGUGUGGAUGCGGGUACAUCUUAUGUGUGCCGUUGUUUCCCUGGUUACUCCGGCACCCGCUGCCAGGACAAGAUCGAUCCAUGCCAACCGAACCCCUGUAAUAAUGGUGGGCGCUGCCGGGAAGUUUCUGGGUUGCCCUCUUGUCAGUGUCCCCCUGGUUACAAUGGAAUGACCUGUGUAGAGAGAGACCCCUGUCUAUCCCAGCCUUGUUACCACAAUGGGGUGUGUGUUCCACAAGCCGGGAGCUAUCAUUGUGUGUGUCCCUCAGGAACUCAAGGAGCUCAGUGUGAAAUCAACACCGACGAGUGUGCAACCACUGAGCCCCGCUGUUUUCACGGGGGCACCUGCAAAGAUGAAGUGGGGCACUAUACCUGCCUAUGUCCCCGAGGGUAUGUGGGAGACCGCUGUGAAGGUGACGUGAAUGAGUGUCUGUUCAACCCCUGUGACCCACGAGGGACCCUCACCUGUGUGCAGCUCGACAACAGCUACCAGUGCCAGUGUCACCAGCAUUACACCGGUCAGCGAUGUGAGCAUGCAAUUAAUUUCUGUGAUAAUAAUCCUUGCGCUAAUGGAGGAGUCUGUGCACUGGCUGGGGAUACCCCACCUGGAUUCACCUGCAGCUGCCCGCAGGGGUAUUCUGGCUCCACCUGCAGUGACCACAUAAUGACUUGCACUUCCUUCCCUUGCUACAACGGAGGGGUGUGCACCCUGGGUAUGGAAGGGCUCCCCCUCUGCACUUGUCUCCGUGAUUACACAGGACCACAGUGUCUGGAGCAUGUGGCGUCCUCCACCCCCUCUCCAACUCCCCAGCAGGGACCCUGGGAACACUGCCCUAACUUGGCGUGCAGGAGAAAGUUCCGAGACGGAGUCUGCGACACGCAGUGCAACAACAGACCCUGUUUAUAUGACGGCUUUGACUGCAAUGUCACACGCACCUGCAAUCCUCUCUAUGAUCAGUACUGCCUGGACCACUUUGCCAACUCUCACUGUGAGAAAGGAUGUGAUAAUGCAGGGUGCGGCUGGGACGGAGGAGACUGCUUUAUAAAUGAGAGCCCAGGGGGGACUCUGAUCCUGCUGCUGAGUUACCGCUCCCCAGUGAUCCAGCGCAGAUAUAUCAUUUCACUUCUCCGCUUUCUGUCCGUUGAACUCCACACCGGGAUACGAUUGGCAAGGGACAAUGAUGGAGAUAUGUUGUUCAGAUACUUGGAGGGGGACAAUCCUCAAGACCUGUCUCAGGAUAAGCUGGAGAGGUGGAAGUAUGAAACAGCCAAUAACAGCAAGGAGAGCAGAGAGCGAGAGACUGUAGGUUGUGUUCUGUACCUGGAGGUCUUCGGUUCCCACUGUCCUCUCUCCUCCUGCAUUCACACCUCCGAUGUGGCUGCGCGUUUUCUGGUGGCUCUGAAUGAUAAGGGGAAGACCGAUCUGCCGUAUAGAUUUCUGGCUGUGAGGCAUAAGGAUGCAGAACCAGGCUCCGAGACGCAAGAGAAACCGUUCCAGUGGCCUGUGUGGGUGGCUGUCGGGGGAGCCGUGCUUAUCAUCUUUGGGGUCUUCUUUGGGGUGCAGCUAAGUAGAAAGCGCCAGCAUGGAACCCUGUGGUUACCUUCUGGCUUCAGGAGUCAUCGAGCACAAGAGGGAAGCCGGAGGAGGGAACCCGUGGGAGAGGAUUCGGUUCGUCUUAAACCACUGAAACAUGAUUCUGGUUAUGAUGAUUCAGGCCCUGAUGAAGGGAUUGUGCAGCCAAAAUCUAGAAGGCUGAAACUUAAUACCGACCCUUCCAUCCUUGAUCACCGGCAGUGGAGUCAACAGCAUAUUGAUGCUGGGGUCCGUUUCCCACAAUGCAUUGCUCUCACACCGCCCCAGGAGGAACCGGACGGCAAAGACAUAGACGUGAGAGGUCCAGACGGAGUGACCCCACUAAUGUCGGCCAUCUGCGCGGGUGGAGGUCUAGAACCUACCGGAGGUGGUGGGGACCCACCAGAAGUUGAAAGCUCAGCCAGUGUCAUCUCAGACCUAAUUGUCCAGGGCGCCAGUCUCAACGCCCAGAUCGACUCCACAGGAGAGACCGCUCUCCACCUGGCUGCCCGGUUCUCUAGGCAAGAUGCCAUAAAGUGCAUGUUGGAUGCAGGAGCUGACACCAAUGUCCAGGACAGGCUGGGCAGAACCCCAUUACAUACAGCCAUUGCCGCUGAUGCUCUGGGGGUAUUUCAGACCCUCUUACGAUGCCGCCAGACAGACAUUGAUGCUCGUAUGCACGACGGAUCUACUCCCCUCAUCUUGGCCUCCCGUCUCCCUGUACAAAAUAUGGUGGAAGAGCUGGUGUCAUGUGGAGCAGACAUCGGAGCGACAGAUAACAGGGGUAAAUCUGCACUGCACUGGGCUGCGGCUGUGAAUAAUGUGCCAGCAAUGAGGAUCCUUAUGUGCAACGGGGCCAACAAGGACCUUCAGGAUAAAAGGGAUCAGACCGCACUCUUCCUCGCUGCCCGUGAAGGUAGUUAUGAAGCUGUCCGCCUACUCCUGGAGCACCAAGCAGAUCGUGACCUCUGCGACCAUAUAGGCCACCAGCCACGACAUGCAGCCAGAGAACGUGGCCAUAGGGACAUUCAACGUCUUCUUGAAGAGAGUAGCCAAUUAAUCAGCCGCAGCACAACUGCCGCACCUCCCCCUGGAGGCCCCCAGCUAAAAAAGACACAGCGCCCUCGAGUCAAGGAACCUGUGAAGCCUCCUCCUUUGCCACACAUAGACCUGAGCAGCUCCUGUUAUCACAAUGCUCCUCCUGUUUCAGCGCCACCCUAUCUUCCAGGAACCCAACCAGACAGCAACUGUUGCCAGUCACAUCUUGCUAUGGUCAACUAUGGAGGGAACUGUCCUCCCUAUCCUCGAAGCGGCUCAUUCACUUCAGGCGUGGCAGGAUGCCAGUGGGGUCAUAGAGGAUGGAGGGUUCAUUUUUGUCCAGCAGGAUGUACUGUGCCCGACGCUUCAUAUACUGGGGGUGGACAGCAACUGUCUCCUCAUGCCCAUUGGCUUCCAGAAUCCCAUCACCCCAAGUCUCCAAACUGCCAAAACCCAGUAUCCAGCUACUGCUCAACUCCAGCCUUGGAUCCUCUACCUACCAAAGAUGUAUCCUGCACUCCGACUGACCAGUUGGGCCACAACAUCUAUUUGACCCCUCCGUCAUCACAGUAUGGUUACCCCUCUCCUGCUAGCCCUGAAGAAACACAAUUAACCCAAAAGACAUGUAUGCACCACCAUCCAUUUCUCACUCCCUCCCCUGAGUCACGAAAUCCUUGGGGUAUUGCUUCACCAUGAUAUCAUUCCAGUGGCAUGAGUAAAUGUUUCAACCAAGAGAAGAUGGCAAAAGGCCUUGGGCACCUGAUGGGAAAAGAACAUCUUUGUAGCACACAAUGACUAACAAGAAACAUAUCUACUCAGUAAAAAAUAAUCCUGUUUCAUUUCUACCACUCGGUUGUAUCUAGAACUCGAGAAUGGGCUAUUUUUCCCUGAGAAUGAGGGACAGGAAAGUGUCUUUUGGCGAUUGGUGGUGCACUAACAGGGUGGUGCACUAACAGAACAUCACACAUGUACACACUGUUCUACUAGAACCCCACCAGUCAUAGUUCUGUAGUUUUCCCUAAUACAGCCUUUCUUUCCUAACAGACAAUUACUUAUCCCCAAGCAGGACCUAAAAAAAUCUUAUGACUCAUAAAGUCUGAUCAUCAACAUUUUAAUUUUUCCUGGUUAACAUUAAUGUUUGCAGACAUAUGUUCCAUCAGGGGUAAGUAUUAUGGUGGCACUCCUGCUGCUGUGGCACUACACAUCCCGGCAUGCCCUACCACAGUUUUAGCACACCCUAAUAACAAAACUGUGGCAGGGCAUGCUGUGAUAUCUAGUUCCACAGCAUCUGGAGUGCCACAAGUUGCCUACCCCUGCGUUACCCCAUGUUGAUGAUUACGGGUGUAUAUAUUCACUAAGAGGAAUGCAAGUCACUGGGACUGCCCUGUCAUAAUUGUCCAUGUGUGAAGCACUUACAGAUAAUUACUUGUGUAUGAUUCUGGGAAAUUUUUUCCUUUUGUGUAAAUCACUUUGUCUUUGUGAUGUAUAUUUUUUAUUAAAGAAUAAAUAUAUGAAGUUA